GAACAGCAGGCUUUAAAUUACAAGAUUGUACUAGUCUUGCAGCCAUUUCCAAUUUGAGUAAAGACUGGAGACACGUGUUGAAUAUUAAUAUUAGUCUAAUUUUGAGAGUUCAUCUUGAUAAUUGUAUUUAUAUUCAAUACUAGGUCAUGCAGGGAUCUGGAAUCUUUAAGAAUAUUGGUAUACUUUACAGUGUGCUGACAAUUUGAGCGGACUAUAAAGAAUAACAAAUAAUAUGCAGCUUUCUCAGUUUGAUAUUGUCAAACACUUCUACAACAGGAUUUUAGUCCGUAACAUAAAGAAAAAGCUGGAUUUCACCGGUACUGUAUAAAGCAAUCGAUAUACCUAUGUGACUAAACUACGAAUGAAUAAUAAAGGCACUGGACUUGCAUACACAUCAGAUGACAGUGAAUGAUGAACAGAGUCAACGAGUCAGUGCAGAAUUAACCGGCAGAAUGAACGGACUCAAACACGUGUGUAUGCUGAUUUUGAGCAUAAACGUGUCGACAACUAUUUCUCAAUACGUAGAUGAUUCAGAUUACGAGGACUAUGGUGUGUACGAUGAAUUUCUAUCGAAUGAUAUCAGACCUAUGCAACAACCUAAAAAACAAGUAGAUACUACCCAAGAUGAUUUUUACAUAAUAAAUGAUUAUGAGGAGGCAAUAUCUAAAAAUGAUAUAAAUAAAAAUUAUAUACAUGCUGCGAACGAGGAAAUAGCUUUGGAUCUAGAGAAAGACGAAGGAUCCAUACAAGUGAUUAAACCGCCUUAUCAACAUCUCAAAUGGUUACAAUCACCAGAAAGAGUGUAUCAAUAUACAAAACAUAGAAUACCUGGUUACGAUUAUCAUGAGUUAGAUUUCAUGGGACAUAAAAAACUAAAUAAGUGUGAUGCGAGAUCUGUUUGGUCUCACUGCGUUUGUCAAUUCACAUGCUCUAACCCGAAUGAAGUUGAUUGUUACAUGCCAUGUAUAAGUGGAUGCGAGUGUAAAGAAGCAUAUGUAUUUGACGAAAACUCACAACUAUGUGUACCACUAGAAAUGUGUCAAUAGCAAGAAAAUAUAAACAUUUAUGAAAAAUAAAACUGCUGAGUCAAAAA